UUCUUUUGGUUUGAAUGGGUUGGUCCACUCACCCUGUUGCUCCUUCAUUGGCCCAAGCCAACAUCAAUCUGCUGAUUUCCAGGUCCCCCUCAAGUUUGAAACUUUUUCUUUUUUACGAGGGAGGAGGAGGAAUCGAGUUACAACUAACUCUUGUAACCGAUCUCACAGCAGCCAGGAGAAGAAAACACUCUUUCAAUAAUUUACACAUCUGUGCCUGAUACGCGGUUGCAGAGACAGAAGGGAGCUGCGAGGGGCGGACAAUUGUGUUUUGUUGUUUUACAGCGGAGAUCCAACAAAACAAGCGAACAAACAAAAACAUGCUGUGAAACGACUUCCCCCUGCGUUGCCAGGAUGAAGACGUGAGAGAUUCUGUUCAGAUUAACUUGACAUCUCGUCUGCUGACCGCUCCCGUGUCCCACUGAGGGUGGGAGGAAGACUUGACAUGGACUCCUUCAGCACCAAGAGCUUAGCCCUGCAGGCGCAGAAGAAGCUAAUGAGCAAGAUGGCCACAAAGAGCAUGGCCAACCUCUUCAUUGACGACACAAGCAGUGAAGUGCUGGAUGAGCUGUACCGCGUCACCAAGGAGUACUCCCGCAACCGCAAAGAGUCCCAGAAGAUCAUCAAGAACUUGAUCAAGAUGGUGGUGAAGCUGGGCGUGCUCUACAGGAACAACCAGUUCAACAGCGAGGAGCUGAUCCUGGUGGAGAACUUCAGGAAGAAAGUCCACACUCUGGCCAUGACGGCAGUCAGUUUCCACCAGAUCGAGUUCACAUUUGACCGCCGCGUCAUGAGCGCCAUUUUGAAUGAUUGCCGUGAACUUCUGCACCAGGCCAUCAAACGCCACCUGACAGCCAAGAGCCACUCGCGAGUCAACCAUGUGUUCAACCACUUUGCCGACUGUGACUUCCUGGCGGCUCUCUAUGGGCCCUCUGAGGUUUAUCGCGCUCACCUGCAGAGGAUCUGUAACGGGGUCAACAAGAUGCUCGACGAGGGGAACCUCUGACCUCUGCCGGCCUCGUCAUCAGGCGCCUUUACCUCUAGUCACCCCUCAUGUACCAUCUUGCAGGAUUUCUUCCUCCUUUAUUAAUUUUUUUUUUUUAAGGUGACAAUCAUGAACAUUUUUAUUUUCAUUUGCUCUGUGUUUGUGUGUGCCUUUCAACACUGAAAUUCUCCUGGCUAGUUAGUCCAAAGUCUUUUUCUUCUCCAGCCUGACUUUUUGUUAUUUUACAGUAAACAAAACCCAGCUGAUGUGGUGUUUAAAUGUAAAACUUCAUGCUCUUAAUCAGUAUAUCCAGCGGUUGGAGCCUUGUCAACCGUGCCUUGGAAAAAAAACUUUUUUUCAUCUGCAUUCCAAGGGCACCAUUGCUUGCUCUCUUACUUAAUCAAAAAGACAUGAAUCCAGGCACAAGCCUUCAGUUAUAUCUCUGUAAGAUGCUUUUAAUGGACAGAAAUGGGGCUUGGGAGAGGAAAGAAAGUGAAUUUCUGUCUUUUCCAAAUACCCAAGGACAUAGAGAAGUGAUUUCUUUUGUUUGUUCGUUUUUUCUAAAAGUAGUAUUGCACUCAAUCCUGAACAAGCGCUGUACUGUACUUUCCUGCAGUAAUGAAACCAUGUGAAGUACGGCAGUUUGAGUAAUCCUGCUUAGCCUGCAUUUUACAGCGCACACCGACAUGCACUGAAGUCCACAUUGCAGAGGGGCGAGGUUUUUGUUUAGAAGGCACCCAUAAACCCAGUUUUGCUUUUAAUAGUCUGUUUUAUAGCCACCACAACAAAGAUGAAGUAUUUGGGUCAUAAGGGGACCAUAAACAUAAAGGAAUUUGA